UCCUAGGAGGCCAUAUUCCCGGAAUCCACAGGAAGCACAGCUAGGCCUAACUUCAUUUUUUAGCAGGCUUGGCAGUCAUGAAAAGGGACAGAAGAUAAGAGACGCUGUGAGAGAAUUUCUGCGUGCUUGAUCACCGGAACUGGCGGAACUUAGAGCACAGUAGUGCAAAUUCUAAAGAUCCAGUCGAAAAGAACUAACAAUGGCACUGAAUUCGAGUAGCCGGUCGCCGAGGGAGGAGGGGGAGCUGGAAGACGGGGAGAUCAGCGACGAUGACAACGAUGAAAACCAGCUCGUGUGCCCGGACAAGAGGCCCAGCAGCAGUAACAGUAAUGCAGGGCGCUCCAGUCGGAGCUGCAAGCCUCCGCCUCGGCCACUUUCUCCACACAUUAGUGGACCCGGACACGAUUACCGCAUGAAUAUGCAGUUUAACCGGGGACCCCAUCCCCCCAAGUCAAUCGGACACAGGCAGAAAGGUGGACCGAACGGACCGGGCAGACCCGGUUCGGGACCGCUUUGUGAGUCUGGUCCCAGGUCUUCGUUCUGGGAGCGCAGCAACAGCGCUUUUGACAGACUCGGGCACCGGGGCCGGUGGAGUGCGGGGAGAGGAGAUCGGGGAGAGAGAGGGAUAGGAAGGCCGCCCCCGGGCCGAGUUGGAUUUACUGGAAGUGCAAACAGAAAGGAGUCCCCUCCCAGAAAACCAAAAUCAUUUGGGAGACCUGCGUUGAGAAAACCAAACUACAGUACAGCCAAAAAUGUAAACAGUAUUGAGGACAGCUUCGAAGACCUGCUUAUGAAAUAUAAGCAGAUUCAGCAUGAGCUGGAAUGUAUUAGGAAGGAAGAGAGGACAGCCUUUACCUCCAAAGAGGAGUCCCCGCGAAAGGAGCCAGCAGUGUCUGUGAGCGCCAGGCAGAGUAUUCUAGUGCCCAGCAGUAUUGAAGAAGUGGAGGGAGAAAACGCGGAGGAAGCCGUUGCUCAAGAUGCCCAGAAACCUUUUCAGGCCUUCAAUCUGAAGCCUUUGAGGCAGAAACUUCUGACCCCGGCUGAGCGGGAUCAAAUUAACAAGGUUCCUGGCAAAGAAGAACCCACGCUAGAAGAAAUUGAAUUGAGCCUCGCUGAGCCCAGCAGCACUGCAAAAGAGUCUGUAGAGACGGACCUGAGUGUUUCCUAUGCAAGCAGCAAAGAAUCAGAUGAUCUUCCUGAGAAGGAGGUCGUUAAAGACGACGAUGACGAGGUGUCAGAGAUGCAGCUGCGUCUCCUCGCCCUGCAGUCUGCCAGCAAGAAGUGGCAGCAGAAAGAGCAGCAGGUGCUCAAAGAGAGCAAAGAAAAACUGAGCAAAACCAGACCGGCACAGCAAAAGGGCAAAGCAGCCGUCAAACCCCACUGUGGCAAGAAAAGCAGCAGCGCAGGUUCAGCUGCAAAACAGGCGUGGCGGAAGCAGCAAGUGCGGACGUGGAAGCUGCAGCAACAGAAGGAGCAGGAGAAGCGGCAGAGAGAGGACGAGGAGAAGAGACGGGCGGAAGAGGAGGAGGAGCGCAGGAAACGGGAAGAGGAGAUCCGCAAAAUCCGAGACCUUUCCAACCAGGAUGAGCAGUACAACCGCUUCAUGAAGCUUGUCGGAGGGAAAAGGAGUUCGAGAAGCAAGACUUCAGACUCGGAGCACAGGAAAUCUCUGAAUAAACAAGGCACUGAUGCUUCAGGAAACCUCUACCAGUAUGACAAUUAUGACGAGGUUGCGAUGGAAACAGACAGUGAAACCAAUUCACCAGUAUCCUCCCCCAUGCAUAACCCAUUCGUACCUGAAUUACCACCAUAUUUUCAAAUGGCACCCUUCCCUAUGGGUUUGCCUCCACAUACAGUGACCAUGCAGUCUUUGAAUGAGCAGUACCUGGACAGUCUGGAUCCAAUGGAGCCUCCUCCGCCACUACCACCCCUCCCCCCAGACGAGCCAGAGCAACCGCCCAAACCCCCAUUCGCUGAUGAAGAGGAGGAGGAAGAGAUGCUACUCCGAGAGGAACUUCUUAAGUCAUUAGCUAGCAAACGGCCUGUCAAGUCAGAGGACACGUCCAGCAAUAGCUCUCCACCCUCACCUCCUAUGACGAUCACAGUGCAGUGUUUUCCAAGCAGUAAUUUAUCAACUGUCAGUAUAAAUACUGCUUCUCAUUCACGUUCCCUGAGUACCAGGUUUGUUCGCGGACCUCCAGCCCCACGUCCCCUAUUGGUGCUUCCCAGGCACAAAGCCGUGGUUGUGCAACUGAACAAUUCUGAUGACAGUGAGUCUGACGGCGAAUCCUCCGGCUCAUCCAGAUUUGUCUUUGGGGGUCUUGAGUCGAUGAUUAAGGAAGCAAGGAGAACAGCAGAGGCAUCUAAACCAAAAACUCCAUCAAGAUCAGAGAAAGAAAACAACCAAGUAAAAACACCAGAGGCACUACCAGUUGACAAGAAGAUUGAGUAUAGGCUGCUGAAAGAAGAAAUUGCAAGUCGAGAGCAGCAGAGGAUAUUGAAGUCUAGCCAGUCAAGGGGCAGCCCCUCGCCUGCCAGCUCUGACGUGGAAUUAGAUUUUAUUGGAAGAACUGUGGCCAACUUGCAGGUCUCGGAGGCUGAAAACAAACUGAUGAAGCACAAAAAUCUUCUGAUGAAGGAUGAAAUGCUUCUGAAGCACCUUGUCCAGCAGGAGCUGAAGAAGAAGGAAUCGCUCAAGGCGUCUGAAUCCAAGUCUGCCGGGCUUAAGGAGCAGUUGCUGGCAACUGAAAAGAUUGUUAAUGCCAACAAAACGCUUCUGAAGAAACUUCAAGAACAGAUCCACAGAGUACAGCAUCGAGUAUCUACAAAGAGAAAUCAAGCUUUGAAAUUUGAAAAAGAUCUUGCUCAAGCCAAAGCAAACGCUGGUCAUGGACAAAGUAAGCGCAAAAGUGAAGCGAAUUACCUGCCGCCAAGUAAGCUUCUCAGACUGGACCCCAAUUCCCCAGGAAGCCCCGGGAAGCAGUUCACAGAGCUGAUUGCCCAGGAGAAGAAACGUCUGCAGCAACUCGAGUCUGAGUACGCCCUCAAGAUCCAGAAACUUAAGGAGGCACAAGCCCUGAGGAGCAAGGAGCUGUCUGCUGAGAGCGUGGUCAGCAUAGAGGAGGAGCUCCCGGAGUUCAGCAUCCCACAGCCCUCUCUCCACGACCUCACCCAGGACAAGCUGACCCUGGACAGCGAGGAGAACGAGGUGGAGGACGAGGUGCUGUCCCCCUCGGUCAGAGAGCGGAGGCGCUCCUUCAGGGAGUCCAGCGCCUUCACCAAGCCUAACCUCAAGCACACAGAGAGCCUCAGCAAACCCGCGAAAAAGACAGCGGGGGAGCCAGAACUGUUCCUGGGAUUGAACGUGGACGACCUGCAGAAACUCUACAAGGAAGGGGACCGCUUGAAGGAGCUGCUCGAGAAAAGCACCGCCCCGAAGCUGGCGUUGACGGGCCCGCCAGCACGCGGACAGGAGGUUCCUGUGGAUUUGGAUACAGUAACGGCUCAAACAGUACGUGGGGACCUGAAGCCAGCCUCAUUUGGACCCUAUCAUAGCCCUCUCCUUGUUUUCAAAUCAUACAGGUUUAGCCCAUAUUUCCGUACCAAGGAGAAGCUAUACCUCAGCUCAGUUUCAUACAGCAAUAUCAUUGAGCCAAAGAAGUGUUUCUGUCGGUUUGAUUUGACUGGCACAUGCAAUGAUGAUGAUUGUCAGUGGCAACACAUGAGGGACUGCACUUUAAGUAGAAGCCAGUUGUUUCAGGACAUUCUUUCCUAUAACUUACCUGUGGUUGGCUGUUCAGAAACCAGCACUGGUGAAGAAAUCAGUGUUGCAACAGAAAAAUACCUUGACAAACUGUUUGGUAUGAACAAAGAUCGAAUGGCAACAGACCCAAUGGCUGUUCUGCUUGUGAGCAAAAUAAACGAAAGCAAGAGCCACACCCCACCUUAUACAACUUGCAAAGAGUUAAGGACAUGGAGGCCACAACAGCGGAGAAAACCUGACCCAGACAGCAGCAGCAGUGAUGACGAAGAAAGCAAAGGAUCAGUCAGAUAUGAUCGCUCUUGGAAAGCCAGCUGUGCACUCGAUGUGUGCGUAACUCCCGAUGAUGUCAGAUACUUCACAAGUGAAACGGACGACAUCUCCAACUUGGAAGCAAGUGUGGUGGAAAGUCCUAGAGAUGUCCAGCUAUGGAUAAAACUGGCAUACAAGUACCUCAAUCAAAAGGAGAGUACCCCGUCGGAAUGUUUGGAUUCUGUCUUAAAUACUUUGGCUAGAGCACUUGAAGACAACCGAGAGAAUCCCGAAGUUUGGUGUCACUACCUCAAUCUUUUCGCCAAGCGAGGAACAAAGGACGAAGUGCAAGAAAUGUGUGAGACAGCAGUGGAGUAUGCUCCUGACUAUAAAGUGUGGUGGAACUUCCUGAACUUGGAGACUUCGUUUGAUGGCAAGGACUAUGUCUGUGGUAGGAUGUUGCAGUUCCUACUUGGGACAGCAGGGGGAGACAACAAAUCGGAGCUGCUGUCAUUUCAGUUGUUGGAGUCGCUACUUUAUCGAGUGCAGCUCAGCCUGUUCACUGGCAGACAUCAGAACGCACUAGCCAUCUUGCAGAAUGCAUUAAAGUCGACUGAUGGUGAAAGAAGCCUCGCAGAACACCUUAUCCUCAGUGAUCGCUGCCUGGCCUGGUUGGCUUAUAUACAUCUUAUUGAAUUUAAUAGCCUCCCUGGUAGACUGUACGAUCCAGCUCACGCCAACCCUGCAAGGAUAGUUAAUAAGGAGCCCUUCUUAAUCCCAUGGCAAUCUCUGCAAGAUGUAAAGACAGAUCCUGACAUGCUGUUUGCUUUGUUUGAAGAUGCUGUACAUGCAUGUAGCGAUGAGAGCCUGUCACCUGGUGAGAGGACUGCUGCCUGCCUGCCUAUAUAUAGAAAUAUGAUUGUGUUGAAUCAGGUUUUGGACAGGUGGGAGGCAGCUGUCAAGCUUUGUGAGACUCUGUUAGUGCCUUGUCCUGACUGUUGCAUGGUGCUGGAAUCUCUGGCACAGCUAUAUAUAAAAAGACAGGAAGCAGAUAAAGCCAUUGAUGUGUGGCUUGGUGCUUUCAGGAAGAAUCCUCACAAUGCCCAGAUCUUUUAUUCUACCUGCAAGUUUCUUGUGUUGCAGGAAAAAUCACAUAACAUAGCCCCUCUAUUUCAGGAAUUUGUUAUGUCUUUCUGUGAAAAUACAGCGAGUGAGCAGCAUCCUGUAAAUGUACUGCGAUAUCUUCUAGAUGUCCCAUUGCAGUAUAAAUUCAAAGCCCCUUGUGUUAAACCAGAACUCAGUGAUCAGCUUAGCAGCCAGAUUCCCUACAUGUGGCUCAUCCACUGUUUGUGGCAGACUAUCCAUGCCAGUGUGGGAGACGCAGUGGAUGCUUUUGAGAGGGCUUUGGGCACAGUGAUGCAGCAAGACGUGAUGCAGAAACUUUGGCUGGAUUAUCUCCUUUUUACUAGUAGUAAACUCAUUGGAUCCAAAACUAAGAACCGAGACUUCAAAAUGUUUACAGAUCUCGUGCAUAGAUGCCUGGUGACUGUCCCCACGAGAUUUAUUAUUCCUUUAAGCUCGGCAGAUUACUGGACCAACUUUGAGUUUCACAAUAAGAUCAUAUGCUUCUAUCUGAGCUGCCUUCCUAAGUCUCAACAUUCCAAGGCUCUGGAAAGAUUCAGAUCCGUCAUGCCAGCUAAUACUGACCUGGCACUAAGGCUGCUCUGGCAGGAAUGGCAUGAUGGGAACAUUCAGCAUCUGAAACAUCAAGCCAGAACUCUGACCAGCAGCUCCCCAAUGUGUUUGACCAUCUGGAAAAUUGCCAUUGCUGUUGAAAAAGAGCUCAAGGGACUGGCAGAGGCCCGUCACCUUUAUCGACAAGCUCUCCAGAAGCUACCUCUUUGUGCCACACUAUGGAAAGAUCAACUCCUGUUUGAAGCUUCAGAAGGAGGUAAAACUGAUAACCUGAGAAAGCUUGUUGCCAAAUGCCAAGAGGUUGGAGUCAGUCUAGACGAGCUCCUAAAUUUAAGCUCAAACCGACCAGAGGGAAAGGAUCACUGAUGCAGGGGUACAGUUAGUCUUCUGUCCCCCAAGUCCGAAUGGCCAAAUGAGAAUAAUUCUCUCAAGAAAAAUAAAAAUAAAAAGUUUUAUGUCUGCGAGAGGCAGACUGCACCAGCUGUCAGUACUCCCCAAUACAGUAUUCUUUCCUGGAGCCAGGGAACAUUUCCAAACCAGAUGCCCAACAGUCAAGAAAUACGAACUCCUCCUGAUUGGCCCAAAUCUGGGUCCUUUAUAGAAUCUCCUUACAUCAUGUACGUAAGUAUGGUUCUUCAAAAUGAUACACAUGGUUUUAACUUGUUUUUUUGGUCUUUUGUCUUUUUUUAUUAUUUCUUUUCCUUUUACAAUAUUUUUUUUGUUGGUACUGUCAUUGAAUUUACUUGAAGUUCAAGUUUAUACCCGUGACAUCUUUCUUUGGUGUUAAUGUUUACAUGUUUAUUGGACAGCCAAGUGAAAAAAUAUAUAAUUUUUAUAUUUUGCUUUACCUUAAAUAUCUAUAUCGAUUAUAUAUAUCAUUUAAUUUUUGAAAAACAAGCUUUUGUUAAGAUUCUUUUACAGGUUUUUAUUUUAACAAAAGAAAGCAGCAGGUAUUGUGCUGAAAGUAGUUGCCACAUUUAAGCGGACUGGCAUGUGAAGUAGCUGCCAGUGGAAAGCUAAUGAAGUGGUGCUCUCUCUGAUUCUGGGACUCUGCUGCACAGACUACUGAACCAUGACAAUGUAAGCACCUACUGUAAGCUGUUGGGUGAUGCACUUGAUUCCAUGCACCCGAGUGCAUCGGUACCCGAGGAUGAUUACAACAAAAACAAAAAAAUAUUAAGAAUUAAAGUUGAUGUGCAAUCUUGUUUUGUAAAAAAUACAUUAAAAUAAAAAACGUUAGAAGUCCAAGAGCCAUGACGAUCUUUCAAAUGUUUUGUAUUAAAUACUACUUUGUAGUAUUCUUAUUUUGAAUGUGUUUAUAUUAAACUUUUUUUCAAUAUAUGAUUUAAGAA